AUGAUUCCUCAGAUAUCCCACCGCCCUCGACCCCCAUCGCAGCAAUUUGGCAACCCGGGCUUCGCGGUCCCUCCUUUCGACGCCCAUCGGAGCCCUAGAAGAUUAGAUCAAUCAGGGCCACUACCUUUCCGAAAUUUGCGAGACUUUGCUUCUCCAUCUACAUCUGUACCACAUCCUCGGGCAUAUCCCCUCGAUAGCUAUGUCCCUCCACGAACCGGCCUUGCUCGAGGGACGUCUUCGGAGCAAGGUUUCAGGUCACAGUACGAUGACCCCUCGGAGCAUAUGCUUCGCAGGAAGACACCGAAUGGGACAUUGGCGGCUGGAUAUGAUGGUACACCUGUGCAAUGGUCGAGCAAGGCACCUGCUCUUAAACACGUUGUGAUUCCCGUAUCGGCGGGGUCAACUGGGCGUAGCCAUGCAUAUCCAUCACCUGCUACGAGUGAGCAAUACCCCCAACAGAGGCCUGGAGCUUCAGGUUGGAGUUACCAGCAGGGAGCUCAGUAUGCAGUAAACAAUAUUGUCAAUGGAGACCAACACCCGGUCAGCGAGGGCGAGAAGUGGACAUAUGCUCCUCCAAUACCAGAUCCAACUCACUACGUCUGGCCGCACAUAGGGACACAACACCAGGCCGCCCCGUACUAUCCUAACCAUGCCACACAGAUCCCAACUGUUCUACAGCCAACUUAUCAACCGCCACCAGGUCCGACCAUAUCUAAUGGCAGUGGAUUAUAUGGUCCGUACUGGCCGGAUGGGAUGUUUGUACCAUAUCGACCUGCGGCAUUUCGGGAACAUGGGCGCCAUUAUUUAAAUCAAGGAACCUACUUAGCUCGAAGUCUCCAGCCUCAUUCAAACUCCACUCGGGAGUUACCACACUCAGGCCGGCAACCAUCUAUCAGUAUUGAAACCCAUCCUGUUGCUCACGUUGGAAAUCCGUCGUUCACAUUCCCGGACCGAAGUAUACAUCUACCAAUGCAACAUUUUGACACCCAGACGCAACUACAUCCUCUAGAUACAGCCCUAUAUCAGUCAACUCUCGAGGGCACCAGAACUCCCACUGCUGAAUCGGCUAACAAAGCCAAUAACCAUCGAUUUAGGGAGAAGAGCCUUUCCUGGGCUCACAGCAUAUAUGUUGAUCUGCUCGCCUUUCUCCAUCAAGCGAGGAGGGAAAGUCGACUCAAUAACCAAGCUCAGGGAUUGAACCACUAUUCGAAGGCCAGCAUAUAUCCAAAGCCACCCCGACAACCAACCGCCUAUCUAGGGGUUUCGCAGUGGGCAGGUCUAAAUGUGGAUACUGGUAGGCCUCAGCGGCCCGGCCCUACUCCCUUGAACUCGUCGCACCGGCGCUUCCGCAGCCGAGACCAUAGUAGUUCGCAAGACGGUAGCUUGAGCGAACCAGGACGGUCCCUAGCUGAUCAUGAAGUGUGGCAAUAUGUAUCACCAUUCCAGGCAUCAAAUCACUCUACAAGCUCUCCUCUAGACAAAGCAAAAGAGGCACUCGAGCUUCUUACGAAUCUGUGUGAACAAAGUGGUUGGUAUUGGAUCGAUGGAAUGUUACUUGGUGGUUGUUUAGCAUACGGCCUGGAACAAUACAACAGUGCUCUUGAAUGGUAUUCUAAGAUUAUCGCUUUAGAUCCUAAACAUGUAGAGGCGAUCUCAAACCUUGCAGCUACUUUGUUGUGUUUGAAUAGGCGCGAAGAGGCCGAGCAGCACUGGCUACAAUCAGUCAAACUAAGGCCGAGUUAUUUUGAAGCAGUUGAGCACCUCAUCGGACUCCUUUGUGGAGAUCACCGUGGAAGCGAGGCUGUGAACAUUAUCGACUUUGUAGAACGUUCACUCAGACUACCUAGACCGGAAGAAUCUCAAGACUAUUUCAGCGAAACUUCAAGCAAUGCGGAUCGUGAGUCGUGUGGAUCCGUCGGAACGUCUUCGGAAAUUAUUGCUCUUGACUAUGAUCGGGAUGGUGAUACGUUUCGCUCACCGGUGGCGCGAGAUGGUGAGGAUGCCUCCAUGGCCAUGGAACCAGGAUUUGGAUCUAGUGGUUUUGCAGUACCCGGCUCAGAGAAUGGCCGAAUCCUUGCUCUGGUGCAUGCCAAGGGUAACAUGUUGUACGCAAUUGGCGAUAUCAAUAGCGCGUCGAAAGCUUUUGAGGAUGCGGUCCUUGUCAGCGCCGGCAGGGGCUUGGACGGAAUCAAAGGUCUCAUUAAGAGGAUCAUCAAUGUCCUCGCUGUGGACGGGCUUGCCGGAAUACCUGGAGAACUGAGGUCGCUGUCAUUACCAGAGGCACCGUCCCUGCUACUCUUGCCCCCUGACAAGGCAUUGCAGACUGCCAGGCUCGUAUUUGCUAAGAACGGCGAGCUACCUGGCCUUCGAUAUGUGCCAGAAGGUCUUGCCAGGAAAGCCGCCAUCUCAACCACAAGCAACUCCCUCCUAUCUCUUGCAAAGAUAUUCCAAGAUGCUAUGUCAAACAGCAGCUCCCCCCAAAGGAUAGCUAGAAUGCCAUCUGGAGUUGGUGAUAUAUUGGCACUAUAUUACCUCUCACUGUCGUUACAACCCAGUCCAUCGACUGCCAACAAUGUAGGCAUUCUAUUAGCAAGUGUUCAGCAACCGCCCCGGCAACGACCAAUUCCACAGAGAGAUGCGUCACUCCUCCCGGCUAUACCAGGAGUGGAUCCGGGAAGUGGUACUGCUUUGGCCCUUGCUUAUUACAACUAUGGACUCAAUUUGGACCCCAGACAUGCGCAUAUUUACACUAAUGUGGGAAGCCUCCUUAAAGAUAUUGGCCAACUCACCGCUGCGAUUACCAUGUAUGAAAAGGCAGUUGCAUGCGAUAGCUCAUUCGAUAUUGCUUUGGCAAACCUGGCAAAUGCUGUUAAAGACCAAGGUCGGACAAGUGACGCUAUCGAAUACUAUAGGCGUGCUGUGGCAUCGAGUCCCGACUUCGCCGAAGCUGUCUGCGGCCUUGCAAAUGCUCUAAAUUCCGUUUGCGAUUGGGCUGGACGAGGAGGGGUUAUCCUCGAUGGCGGCAAGCACGAUCGGUGGCAUGUCGACGAGGCAGGAAUGAUCACAGAGGCCCGGAACGGCACUGGUGGAGGUUGGGUGAAGCGUGUUGUGGACAUAGUCGCAAAGCAGCUCAAAGAUGGUUCGGCCUGGGGCCGGGGAACUCUGCAAGAGCGAACCCUUCAUGAAUUUCUCAAGCAAUUGGAGGCGGCAGACACUGGUGGUCGUUGGCCUCCAGAGAAAAAUGCAAGGAUGCAGGCAGCUCUUUCAAGUUGGGUAGGACAUCGUUGGGAAGGAUCACGCAUCAUACGACUUAUUGAACGAGCAACGAAACGAGCCAUGUACCGAUGGUAUCGCGACAAAUAUAUCAACAAGAGGCCACUUCCCGCUUCCUGCUACCCUAGGCCACAGCUCCCGGGUAGUAUGUCAGUUCCAACGGCUCCGACUGUUCUCCCUUUUCACACGUUUACGUGCCCUUUAUCGGCCAAAGAUAUCCGUAUGAUCUCUCAGCGUAAUGCGCUCAGAAUAUCCUGCUCAGCUCUUCGAUAUCCCUGGCUGCCUGCGUCCGUCUUCUCGCCCCCGGCACCUCCUGCACCCCACCUUAAUAUUGGAUAUGUCUCUUCAGAUUUUAAUAAUCACCCCUUAGCACACUUAAUGCAGUCCGUCUUCGGUCUCCACAACCCAUCUCGUGCAAAGGCAUUCUGUUAUGCCACCACGGCCAGUGACAACUCCGUCCACAGAAAGCAAAUCGAGCGCGAGGCACCGGUAUUCCGCGAUGCCAGCUCUUGGGGGGCUGAUCGUUUGGUACAACAAAUUGUCCAAGAUGGAAUCCACAUCCUAAUUAAUCUCAAUGGCUAUACCAGAGGUGCUCGGAAUGACAUCUUUGCAGCUCGUCCAGCUCCAAUUCAAAUGUCAUUUAUGGGCUUCGCUGGAACGCUUGGGGCUGAGUGGUGCGACUACAUAUUAGCAGAUGAGACUGCGAUCCCGCCUGAUACACUGCGACCCUGGCGGCGGAAUCUUGAUCUAGAAGACCAUGUGGCAGAUGAGCAGUCACACGAGGAUGAGGAUUGGGUUUAUUCCGAAAACAUUAUCUUUUGCCGGGAUACAUUCUUCUGCUGCGACCAUGCUCAAUCAGAACCCCGGGGAAACCGUCUAUCAUGGGAAGAGGAACAAUCGAAGCGAUGGCAGAUGCGGAAGGAGUUAUUCCCGAGUCUGUCUGAUGAUGCUAUCAUUCUUGGAAAUUUCAAUCAGCUAUAUAAGAUCGAACCUACUACUUUCCGUACAUGGUUAAGAAUAUUGGAUAAAGCCCCCAAAGCAAUCCUCUGGCUUCUCCGUUUUCCUGACUUGGGGGAAAGCAAUUUGAAGCGAACAGCAAGGGAGUGGGCUGGAGAAAGUGUCGCAUCACGCAUUUGGUUCACUGACGUGGCACCAAAGCAUCAACACAUAUCAAGGGCACGAGUUUGCGACCUUUUCUUAGAUACUCCGGAGUGCAAUGCUCAUACCACUGCCGCUGAUGUUUUGUGGUCGAGUACGCCGCUGCUCACGUUUCCCCGAUACAAAUAUAAGAUGUGUUCUCGUAUGGCAGCGUCAAUCCUCAAGGGUGCUCUACCACGGGGCGAAGAAGGCCGUAUCGCCGCCAGGGAACUCAUCGCGGAAGAUGACGAUCAAUACGAGGAAUUUGCAAUAAAGCUCGCCGGUAGCUUUUCUUACCGGAUGCAUCCGUCUGGCUACGGGGAAGGCGUUGGUAGACUUGGAGAGCUUCGAAAGCUAUUAUUUGACAGUCGAUGGACAUGUGCCCUUUUCGAUACAAGACGAUGGGUGUCAGAUUUAGAAUCGGCGUAUGAUGAAGCUUGGCGACGAUGGGUAUCUAACGAGGGAGGUGAUAUCUAUCUAUAA